AUGGAUCCUGCUGAGCCUUUCUGCGAGGCGUUCAACUUGGACGUGGAGAAGCCAUCUGUUUAUAACGGACCUCAGGGGAGCUACUUCGGAUAUGCUGUUGACUUUUAUUUGGCAGGAUCCUCCAGUGCCAGUGUUGUAAUAGGAGCGCCCAAAGCUGUCACGUGGCAGGCCAACGUCACUGAGGGAGGAGCGGUCUUCUACUGCCCCUGGAGCACCAGCCGGUCGGACUGUCAUGCCAUAGAGUUUGAUAAAGAAGGAGACCGAACCGUCACCAUCAACGAUACAGAGCACCAGGUGGAUUUCAAGUCACGUCAAUUCUUUGGUGCGACGGUGCGUUCCCAUGGCGACACAAUUUUGGCCUGUGCACCACUCUACUCCUGGAGGACGGAAAAGGACGUGGCCCGUUCGGACGCGACGGGGACCUGCUACCUCUCAGCCCAGAACUUCACCAAAUUUGUGGAGUACGCACCUUGCCGGACAGAGAUCAGUGAUGCUGCGGGGCAAGGCUACUGCCAGGGAGGUUUCAGUGCUGACUUCACCACGGAUGGAAAGGUGGUAUUGGGAGGACCAGGCAGCUAUUUCUGGCAAGGUCAAGUCAUUUCUGCGGCAAAAGAGAACAUCACCAAAGCGUUUUAUCCCGGCUAUUUCAUGCAGUCUGUGGACGGGCAGAUCCAGACCAAUCAAACCAAACAGAUUGAGCAUGAUGACAGCUAUCAAGGUUACUCUGUGGCUGUUGGAGAGUUUAGUGGCGAUAAAGUAGAAGAUUUCGUUGCUGGCGUUCCGAAAGGGCUCAUGCUUUACGGUUUGGUGUACAUUCUGAACGGAACAGACAUGAAGAUGAUGGCAAACUUCACAGGCGAGCAAAUGGGAUCCUACUUUGGUUAUUCUGUGGCAACGACUGACAUCAACAGUGAUGGGCUGGUGGAUCUGCUGGUGGGAGCCCCGAUGUUCAUGGUGCGGGGGUCCGGGGGGCGGCUGGAGGAGAUGGGGAGGGUCUAUGUUUACUUGCAGCGCGCUCCACUCACACUGGAGCUCAGCCUACCUCACCUCACCGGCACUCAGGUCUACGCACGAUUUGGGAACACCAUCGCACCGUUGGGAGACCUCAACCAGGAUGGAUUCAAUGAUGUGGCUAUCAGCUCUCCCUUUGGCGGAGACGAGAACCAGGGCCUCGUAUACAUCUACAACGGCUUCUCCGAGGGGCUCAGAGAAAAGCCUUCUCAGGUGAUCGUGGGACAGUGGGCGGCAGGAAACCUUCCCGCCAGUUUUGGAUUUUCCCUUCGAGGAUCUCUGGACCUGGACAUGAACGGUUACCCUGACCUCAUCGUGGGUGCCUUUGGUGUCGAUAAAGCCGUUCUUUAUAGGUCGCGCCCUAUAGUCAACACCACAGCCUCUCUGACGGUUCAACCCGGCAUGAUCAACCCGGAGGAGAAAAACUGUGUCAUCACCGUCGGCAACGCCAGCAUUCCCGUUUCCUGCGUCAAUGUGAGUUUCUGUUUAUCAGCCGAAGGAAAGCACCUCCCAGAUGUCCUCGACUUCCAGGUGGAGGUGCAGCUCGACAGCCGGGACCACAAGAAGAAGGGGGCUGUGAAGAGGGCUUUGUUCCUGGAGUCACAGCUGCCCCGGCUGCAGAAGAGCGUCCGAGUGCGUCACGGCCAGCGCACCUGUGACCACAAGAUGAUCUACCUAAGAGGCGAGAAGGAGUUUCGUGAUAAACUGUCUCCAAUUUACGUGGCCUUCAACUACAGCCUGGACCCCACAGCAGCAGAGGACUCCCACGGACUGCGGCCCAUCCUGAACUACCACACCACCAACGUGAUCGAGCAGAAGGCUCAGAUCCUGCUGGACUGUGGAGAGGACAACAUCUGUGUCCCGGACUUGAAGCUGGUCGUGUUGGGGGAUCGUAAAGAAGUUUAUUUGGGCGACGAAAACGCGCUGACUUUGACUUUUAACGCAAGAAACGAGGGAGAGGGCGGAGCUUACGAGGCCGAGCUCUACGUGGUCCUGCCCCCGGAAGCAGAUUACAGCGGGAUCGCUCGCAACAAUGAGAGUCGGAACCAGCUCACCUGCAGCUACGACACGGAGAACCAGACCCGGUUUCUGAGCUGUGAGCUGGGAAACCCCAUGAAGUCAGGCACCAGCAUGUGGGAGGGGCUCCGCUUCACUGUGCCCAGACUGAAGGACACGCACAAGACCGUCCAGUUCGACUUGCAGAUUCGCAGUAAAAAUGAGAAUAAUUCCCACAGCGAGGUGGUGACCUACAAGCUGGAGGUGGUUGUCCAGGCAGAUGUAAUUUUACAAGGUGUGUCCAGGCCUGAUAAAGUCUUCUUCCCUCCGGCAAAUUGGAAAGUGACCAAACCGUACGGUCAGGAGCAGGACAUCGGGCCUGCUGUGGAGCACAUCUACGAGCUUGUGAACAACGGCCCCAGUCGCAUCAGCCAGACCAUCCUGCGGCUGCACUGCCCCCUCAGCGUCCCGGGACACUCCCUGCUCUAUCCUGUGGAGUUCUUCACCGAGGGCCCCAUCAACUGCACCUCUGACCACGGCAUGAACGCACGCAACCUCAAGAUCCAGCGCACAGCGACAGAAUCUCCUCUCCUCGCUCUAAAAGCCAGUGAGCACCGCAUCGAGAAGAGGGACGUCCACAAAAACCAGCUCUCACAUUUGACAAACCUGUCCUGUUCCGAUGUGGAGUGCUGGACGCUGCAGUGCAACGUGGGUCUGCUGGAGCGAGGGACCACAGCCAUCCUCAAAGUUCGCUCUCGAGUCUGGGCCGAGACCUUCAUGGAGAGGGCGUAUAAGCAGUAUGUGCUGGAGUGUCUGGCACGCUACAGUGUGGAGAAGAUGCCCUACGCCAUUCUGCCCAAACAUGCUCCCAGUGGACACAAAAAGGUGGUGACUCCGGUGGUGUGGAACAAGCCUGAUAUUGAAAACUCCGUUCCUCUUUGGAUCAUCAUUCUGGCAGUUUUAGUUGGACUACUUCUGCUGGCUCUGCUCAUAUACAUUCUCUACAAGUUGGGUUUCUUCAAACGAUCGGUUCCGUACGGCACCGCGAUGGAAAAAGCACAACUCAAACCACCGGCCACUUCAGAAGCUUGA